CCACAAUCCUCGACCAACCGAGGGGGGGCGAGACACAUUUGGGAAGGGCCGCCUUCGGAGGGUCGCGCUUCCCCCGCUCGCCGAGGAGGGGCUCCGCGGCCCGGGGCGGCCUUUGUGGGGGCGCGAGUCUCCGUUUGGGGGGCUCCGUUGGAGCGCUCGCUUGGUGCGGGACGGGACGGGACGGGACGGCGGGCGGGCGGGCGGAGACGAGGCCGGGCGGGCUGGAGGUUUGCGGAUGCCUCCCUCCCCUCCAUCCCGCCGCAUUCUUCGGCUCCGAGCCUAACAAAGCCGGGAGGCGCGGCCAAACUUUCCCAAACUUUCCCCCCACCCCAAAGUUUACCAAAGUUUGCAACAGUUUGUUAAACUUUGCCAAACUUUCUUUUCCUUCGCACAAAGAGCCCCUCUUCGGGCGGGGGGGAAGCCUUUCCCCGCCGGGAACGGGGCGGGAGCAUGGCCUGCGCUCCCCGGCUGCUCCCUCCUCGCCCAGCAGCCCCCCAAGUCCCGGGACCGGGCGCGCUGGCGCAGCCCGGGGGGUCCUAGGCGCGCGUUGGCGACCGGCCCGCGGUGGGUCCCCAUGGCCGGCGGCGGGCGGCUGAGCUGCGCCCUGGCCUGCUGCUGGCUGGGGCUCCUCGGUGCGGCGGCUUCGCUGAACGGCAGCUCGUCGUCGGAGGAUCGGUGCAAGCGCGCCGCGCCCUGCGAGGCCCUCCGGGAAAGCAACUGCUUAGGAUCGCCGCUGCCCUACGCCGCCACCUCCACGCUGCUGGCCGGGGACUCGAGCACGCAAGCGGAGGCGCUCGACAAGCUGUUGCUCUGGUCCGGUUUGCGGAAUGCGCCGCGUUGCUGGGAUGUGAUCCAGCCCCUCUUGUGCGCCGUGUACAUGCCAAAAUGCCAAGAUGGCCAAGUGGAACUGCCCAGCCAAACCUUGUGCCAAGCCACGCGGGGGCCCUGCGCCAUCGUGGAACGAGAGAGAGGCUGGCCCGACUUCCUCAAAUGCACCACGGAUCGGUUCCCCGAAGGCUGCCCGAACGAGGUCCAGAAUAUUAAAUUCAACAGCUCGGGGCGAUGCGAAGCCCCACUGGUACAGACCGACAACCCCAAGAGUUGGUACGAGGAUGUGGAAGGUUGUGGGAUCCAAUGCCAGAACCCCCUUUUCACCCAGAAGGAACAUCGCGAGAUGCACAUCUACAUCGCCGCCUUCAGCUCGGUCACAAUUUUUUGCACCUUUUUCACGCUGGCCACCUUCUUAGCCGACUGGAGGAAUUCGAACCGUUACCCCGCCGUCAUCCUCUUCUACGUCAACGCCUGCUUCUUCAUGGGCAGCAUCGGCUGGCUGGCCCAGUUCAUGGACGGCGCCCGCGGCGAGAUCGUCUGCCGGGCGGACGGCACCAUGCGCUUGGGAGAGCCCACCUCCAACGAGACCCUUUCCUGCGUGAUCAUCUUUGUGAUUGUCUACUAUUCCCUCAUGUCCGGGGUGAUCUGGUUCGUCAUGCUGACGUACGCCUGGCACACCUCCUUUAAGGCGCUGGGCACCACCUACCAGCCACUGGCGGGCAAGACGUCCUACUUCCACCUGGUGACAUGGUCCAUCCCCUUUGUCCUCACGGUGGCCAUCUUGGCGGUGGCACAGGUGGACGGAGAUUCGGUGAGCGGCAUCUGUUUUGUGGGGUACAAGAACUACCACUAUCGCGCGGGGUUCGUCCUGGCCCCCAUCGGCCUGGUGUUAAUUAUCGGGGGCUAUUUUCUGAUCAGAGGAGUGAUGACUCUCUUCUCCAUCAAAAGCAAUCAUCCCGGCCUCCUGAGCGAGAAGGCAGCCAGCAAGAUCAACGAGACCAUGUUACGCCUGGGGACCUUCGGCUUCCUGGCCUUCGGCUUCGUCUUCAUCACCUUCGGCUGCCACUUCUACGACUUCUUCAACCAGGCGGAGUGGGAGCGCAGCUUCCGGGAGUACGUGCUGUGUGAGGCCAACGUGACCAUCGCCACCCAGACCAACAAGCCGAUCCCAGAGUGUGAGAUCAAGAACCGUCCCAGCCUCCUGGUGGAGAAGAUCAACCUCUUCGCUAUGUUCGGCACCGGCAUCUCCAUGAGCACCUGGGUGUGGACCAAGGCUACGCUGCUCAUCUGGAAGCGCACCUGGGGCAGGUUGACCGGCCGGAGCAGCAACGAACCCAAGAGGAUCAAGAAAAGCAAGAUGAUCGCCAAAGCCUUCUCCAGGAGGAAGGAGCUGCAGCACAACCCCGAGCAGGAGCUCUCCUUCAGCCUGCGCACCGUCUCGCAUGAGGGGCCCGUCGCCGGUUUGGCGUUCGAUCUCAGCGAGCCUUCGGGAGACAUGUCCUCGGCUUGGGCGCAACAUGUGACCAAGAUGGUAGCCAGGAGAGGCGCCAUCCUCUCUCAGGAUGUCUCUGUUACACCUGUAGCCACGCCAGUGCCCCCCGAGGAGAGGGCCAGUCACUGGCUGAUGGAGGGCGAGUUCUCCUCUCGGCGGGCCAAGAAACCGUCACGGAAGAAAAAGAAGCACAGGAAGAAGAAGGGCGUUUGCCCCUCCGGGACGGCGGCCGAGACCUGCGCCCCAAAUUACUUCACCACGGGAGGGCCCAGCUCCGUCCCACGCCUGCCCCGGCUCCCACAAACCAAGUGUUUUGUCGCCGACCCACAGCAGAGCCAGGCUCUGGAUGAUGUCCUUUUGUCUCGAGCAGACCCCGAAUGGAGACCCCGAGCCCCUCGGCAGCGGGAGGCCCCCCUGGCUGGACUGUCCCGGGACUGUCCCCCUGGCAGCUGCCGGCGCAACAAGCCCCCGGAUCUCAUCAACCACCCCUUUUGCCCCGAUCUCGGGGGUCCCGAGGAAACGGGACCGGAACAUGCAGCGUGGCUGUUCCCCAGACCGCAGCCGGCGUGUUUUCGGGGGGCCGCCUUCCCUGCUCCCCCCAGGAGCUCAGCUGCUUUGUUCCUGGGUGGUGACAUCUAUGGGGCACAGCCACCUCUGGGCAGGAAGGGUGGGUUGCCCCCCAUCCAUUCCCGGACAAAUUUGAUGGACGCCGAGUUGGUGGACCUGGACUCUGACUUCUAACGGAGGGGGGCUUCCAAUGGCUUGGCUUGGUGGUUGAUCAGCCAUAGGGGGGACUGGUAGAAAGAAGGGGAAGGGGCUGCCUCUUCAUGACCGUCUUUGGGGUGCUGCCCCAUCACGUUGAAGGAGAUCGAGAGAGGUCAUUGGGAGGGGCUGUCCUUGGGCACCCUCUGAAGACCAUCCUUCCUUCCCCUCCCCCCUCUCCAUCUUGUGGACCUCUUCAAGAAGACCCUGGGUGGGAUUGUCCUUCUCGUUUUGGUAUGAGGAGAACCUCAAGAAACUUUCUAACGUCCAGAAUGAGGAAGACUCUGCAUCACUAUCUGCAGAAGGUCCACACCCCCACCCCGCCCGCACUGAUGAUGCUACCUAGUUGGGUCAUGAAACCUUUGCAAGAAAAAAC